UUUGUAUCUCCUGCUGCCAAGUCGUUUCUCGGGUUCCUGAGGUGUGACCAGGAAAACUGAGUUCCAUCCUGUGAAAACUCAUGAAAAUAUAAAUUACUGCUCUUCAUCCUUAUCGUGUCGGUUGCUUAGCAGACUGCUCUGACAUUCUUUUACUGUGAAGCUCCAGGAAAGUUUGUAGACGAAUAAAUUUCACUGGACUUUCCAUCUGCAUGGAAAAAUCCCUGACUUUAGAUUUUUGGGUGAACUGUUGACUUUGUCUGGAUACUUUUGUCCAUGUGGUGUAUCUGGAGCCCAGAACUCCCAUGCAGCUGCGCGCUGACAGGCCGUUUUCCUAUCACAGUCACGCCGACUGAGACAUAAAGUCGGCGUGAAGACUGAAGUCUAACCGACAGAUUCUGGUGGGUGUCCUCGUGACCACUUGUUUACGCUGACGUAGCCCCGCCCCUGACGGUCCGCGUGCAGCUGACGGUGAGUUCAGUCCGACUGGAGCCUCGCGAGCAGCGAACAGAUCACCGACCAUCCGACGUGUCGUGUUGAACAGGUAACUCAGCGAACGGCUGUCGGCGUCUCCGGUCAGGUUGAAAGCAGCCCUGAGAUGGAGGAGCUUCACGAUGUCCAGCUGACUGAGAUCAAGCCGCUCCUGACAGGACAGAACGGCAGAAACCUGCAGGACUUUGACUGUCAGGAGCACGACGUGGAGACGGCCCAUGGCGUGCUGCAUGUCACCAUGAGGGGCGUCGCUAAGGGCAACCGACCCACGAUCCUCACCUACCACGACAUGGGACUGAACCAUAAGUCGUGUUUUAACAGCCUGUUUAACUACGAGGACAUGCAGGAAGUGACACAGCAUUUCUCAGUUCUGCACGUCGAUGCUCCAGGACAGCAGGAGAACGCUCCUGUAUUCCCCACUGGGUACCAGUAUCCCACCAUGGAUGAGCUGGCUGAGAUGCUGCCGUCUGUAUUCACACAGCUUCAGGUGAAGAGUGUGAUCGGUGUUGGCGUCGGAGCUGGAGCCUACAUCCUCACCAAACUGGCUAGGCUGCUGGUGAUGAUGAUGAAGCUUGCUGUUGUGUUUCAGCUGAAUGAACCCAGUCUGGUGGAGGGUUUGGUUCUGAUCAACAUCGACCCCUGUGCUAAAGGCUGGAUGGACUGGGCUGCAUCCAAGCUGAGCGUCUGGACGAGCAACCUGGUGGACGUGAUCAUGGGACACCACUUCAGCACUGACGAGCUGACAGAGAAUAAGGAGAUCGUCCAGACGUACAGACUCCACAUCUCUCAGGACAUACCGCAGGACAACUUGUCCAUGUUCUACUACAGCUAUGACAGUCGUACUGAGUUGCAGAUGGAGCGACCGGUCCCUGGUCUGAACGAGAACACAGUCACCACACUCAGGUGUCCUGCCCUGCUCGUGGUUGGAGACACGUCACCUGCUGUUGAUGUUGUGGUGGAGUGUAACUCCAGACUGAACCCUACCAAGACCACCCUGCUCAAGAUGGCAGACUGUGGAGGACUUCCUCAGGUGGUGCAGCCUGGAAAACUAGCAGAGGCCUUCAAGUAUUUUGUCCAGGGGAUGGGCUACAUGCCCACAGCUGGCAUGACCCGGCUGGUUCGCUCCAGGACUCACUCUGCCUCCAGCGUCGGCUCCACAGACGGCGCCCGGAGCCGCAGUGCCGCCAACACACUGCCUGAGGGCGCCGGCAGCCCCGAGCACACAGCAGCACACAGCAUCAAGAUGACUGCAUAGGACUUCCCGUUUCCUCUCUGACUCUCCUCAAACGACGUGGGACUGUCCUCCACGCCGCCGCCUGGCGGUUCUACGAUUUAGUUGUACAUGUUGCUCCCAGAGAGCUGAAACGGGUCACGUCUUACGUCCCAGUAGAGCUGACUGCCGUCACUGCCCUUAGAUGUCUUUAGAGGUGACUGCUGUCUGCGGCAGCCAUGUUGGCUCUACUCUCCUGUUGGUCCAAGCCACGCGGUUGCCCUGGUGACUCUGUAGCUGGACUCAGCUCGUUCAUAUUUACGUAGAGUUGUGUUGUGCUUCUGCAGUGGACAGUUUUGGUCAGACCAUGUCUUUACUUCUCCUCGUUUUGUUAUCACAGUCUUAUGGUGAUCUUUAUUGUUUAGUGAUGACUUGAUGGUGCUGUUGGUUUAUAUGAAGGUCAGCGGUUUUCCUUGUCGUAGAUCUCCAGUGACGUUUAGGCAGUAUUGAAAGAUAAAUGAAUGUUCGGUGGCCCAGAAACAGUUUUCAUUACCAGUCCUGCUGCUUCCUGUCUGGAAGCCUGAGAAUACAGGAAAGCAAUGAAAACAUCCAUCAGAACUCACCUGCAGGCUUCUGACUUGUAACCAAACUCCAGGGUUCAGAACAGUGAAACAAAGCGUAGACGGUACAUCAUGAGAACGUUCCUCUUCUGCCGUCCCUUCGUCGGACUGUUCCCCACCACAGCUUGUCCUCCUGAUAAGACGUGUCCCCGAGAAGCCGUGGAGCUCAGCACAAGAUGCACCAAAACUUCUAAUGCUUAUUGUUCAGCAGACCUGAUAUUUUCUUCUCCAGAUGUUAGAACGUCUUUUCUUGGUGUUUUUGAGAAAAACGAAAGCUCAGUUCUGUGACUUGUAACGUUGAAACAUGAGAUGCACAAGCUGUGUGACUUUGUUCAGUGUUUGUCUCACUCAGACAUCACUGAGGUCUCAGUGGAUGACAAGUUAAAAAAAUCCACUUUGACGUGAACUUCAUGUGAAUGAGAGGCUGGCAGCUUCUUGCUGGUUUUCCAGACUCUAGUGGAUUUAAGAGCUGAUAAUUUGAGGGUAAAGUUGUUGCUUUCUCCUCCGGCCCCUUUGAUGGGGAUCCUGAGGUGACCCGCUGACUGCUGCUGUUCCUGAUUCUGGACUGUGACUGAGUUGUUGUUCAGACGUGAACCUGCUUGUCGACACCUCGGAGACAGGAAGAAAAACCACACGCGUCCACCGGCUCCUUUGAUUGGGUGUAGAAUAGGAUCAAGUUCCCAAAUCAAGAGUGCAUGUGGAAAAUUCCAAACUAAACUAGGAUAUAAAUUGUUUUUGAUGUUGAUUAUUGAUUAGUUUGCAUUCUGGUGCGCUUCAUCGUGGUGCUGCGACUCU